AGAAGGAGACAGAGAGGGGGAGACUUAAGCAGAUGGUCGGGGGCAAUCAAUUUAAAGUUUUUGGGGGGCAGUAGUUGAGACAGGUUGACACUCACAGGGAGCGGGUGGAAGGGAUAAAGAGACAGACGGGGUGCAGAUAAUGAGUUAGAAGGAACAGAUUCAAUGUGAGUGUGAGUGUGAGUAAGACGCAGGUUUUUUUAAUUAAAAAGUUUUAAGAAGUUGUCCCAGCGUGAUGGACGCGGAUCUGAAUGGACGCUACACCUUGGUGUCUCAAGAAAAUCUGGAGAACUAUCUGAAAGCCCUGAAUAUCAAUGUGGCUUUGAGGAAGAUAGUUCUGCUCCUACGCCCCGAGAAGGAGUUCGUGGUGGACGGAAACCACAUGAUCAUCCGAAUGCUCAGCACCUUCCGCAACUACAUCAUGGACUUCACCCUGGGCGAGGAGUUUGAAGAGAAUCUGGCUGUCAUCGAUGGACGGACCUGCAAGACAACCGUUUUCUGGGAAGGUAACAAGCUAGUCUGUAUUCAGCGGGGAGAGAUACCAAAUCGCGGCUGGAAACAGUGGCAGGAGGGCGAUUUGCUCCAUGUGGAGCUAACGGCCAGGGAUGUGGUCAGCACACAAACCUUUCGUAAGGUGCCAUAAGAAGAAGACCUCAACCUCAUCAUAACCUCCGGUCCUUAGUGCUCAGCUCCGGGCACGUUUUCUGUGACU